UUUUUUUUGCAAACCUUCACUCACUCUCUUUUAUUCCACCUUUUCUCGUUGUAAAGCUGACGCGAAAAAAAUGGCGACGAGCUUGUCGUUUGUGAAUGUUGCCGGAAUCUCGUUACCGUCGUCAGGAUUACUUCGCCGGCGUUGGUACAUUGUUUCACGCAAUGAUCUUCCUGAAUUAUCGGCUAAACCAGUCUCUUCGCUGCGUAGCUUCUCUCCUGCUUCGUUGUCGCUAUUUCGUAACGGCAGCGAUCGGUUUCUCUCGCCAGAUUCGUUACCGGAAACAACUUCUCCGAUCCGAUCGGUUACUGUGAGAUCGUUGAGUACGCCUCUCAUUUCUCCAAAUGAUGAAUGGGGAACUUGGACUGCUCUCUUCGCUACUGGGGCUCUUGGUCUCUGGUCGGAGAAGACAAAGGUCGGAGCCGCGAUGAGUGGUGCGUUGGUCAGUACUCUAGUUGGGCUUGCAGCUAGCAAUCUAGGGAUCAUUUCUUCCCAAGCUCCUGCUUUCGCUGUAGUUUUGAAUUUCCUGCUUCCGUUAGCUGUUCCUCUGUUGUUGUUUAGAGCUGAUUUGCGCCGAGUGGUUCAGUCUACUGGAAAGCUUCUCUUAGCCUUUUUGGUUGGAUCAGUUGCCACAACUAUCGGUACAGCUCUAGCAUAUUAUCUAGUGCCAAUGAGAUCGCUUGGCCCGGAUAGUUGGAAGAUUGCAGCUGCCCUCAUGGGAAGGCAUAUUGGUGGAGCCGUCAACUACGUAGCUAUAUCGAAUGCUCUCGGAGUUACACCAUCGGUAUUAGCUGCUGGACUGGCUGCUGAUAAUGUUAUAUGCGCUGUAUAUUUCACGACAUUGUUUGCUUUGGGAUCCAAAAUACCUGCAGAAGCUGUACCACCACCGACUACCGACGCAGAGACGAACAAAGGUUCUGAAACUCAAAACAAAAUUCCUGUGCUACUGAUAGCUACUGGAAUUGCUGUGUCAUUAGCUAUAUGCAAGGUCGGGGCUUUACUAACAAAGCACUUUGGGAUUUCGGGUGGUAGCUUACCGGCUAUAACCGCAGUUGUUGUUGUUUUAGCAACUGUCUUCCCGUCCCAGUUUGGCCGUCUUGCUCCAUCUGGAGAAGCCAUGGCUCUAAUUCUGAUGCAGGUGUUCUUCACAGUGGUGGGUGCAAGCGGAAACAUAUGGACUGUGAUAAACACAGCACCGAGCAUAUUCUUGUUUGCAUUGGUACAAAUUGGGACACAUCUUGCUGUGAUAUUAGGCAUAGGAAAGCUGCUAAACAUCGAGUUAAGGCUGCUGCUUCUAGCGUCAAAUGCUAAUGUCGGAGGACCCACGACUGCAGCUGGAAUGGCGACAGCAAAGGGAUGGAACUCGUUGAUAGUUCCGGGGAUCUUGGCAGGAAUAUUUGGAAUCGCCAUUGCAACUUUCCUAGGUUAUGCAUUUGGAGUUAAAGUUCUCCAGUUCAUGUGAAAUGGUAGUACAAUUUAAGAUAAACAUUUGUGUUAUUUAAAACAAUUUAAAGAUUGAAUUUUUAAUGACUCAAAAGAGAUUUUAGUGGA